UUCUUAAUCUGCCUUUGCUUUUAUAUAUUCUUUUUCCUUUACUUUCCUCUCUCUGGUCUUUUGCUUCCAUUGAUAUAGGUCUGGGUUUCUUAGGUAUUGGGUCUGACAGAAAGGAGGGAGUGAGAGUGUAAUUCAAACUUCAAAGCACGAAGAAUCGUACCUACUGAUAUAUAUUCAUUAUAUAUAACAAAAACAAACUUACCCACUUGAGGAUUGGUUCUCUCUCUCUCUCUCUCUCAUUCUCAUAUAAACAAAACCAAGUUUAUUUAUUGCUUCUCCCUCAUGGGUUUGUCUUGUUUUCUGGACCUUCAUUUCAAAAUGGAAACUACAAGAGUAUAUUCUUCUUUCUUGUGUUGUUGUCUGACCUUCUUCUGCUUCUGGACUUGUGCAUGUGGAUUGCUGUCUUCUAAAGGAGUCAACUAUGAAGUGAUAGCUCUAAUGGGCAUCAAAAGUUUCCUGGUUGAUCCUCAUGGAGUUCUUGAUGGUUGGGAUGACACUGCCGUUGAUCCAUGUAGCUGGAAUAUGAUCACUUGCUCUCCAGAUAAUCUAGUCGUUGGCCUAGGAGCUCCAAGCCAGAGUUUAUCAGGAACUAUUGCCCCCAGUAUCGGCAACUUAACAAAUCUGCAGCUUGUGCUGCUGCAGAAUAACAAUAUAUCUGGCCACAUACCCUCUGAGAUUGGGAAGCUUUCUAAGCUUCAAACACUUGAUCUUUCUAAUAAUUACUUACAUGGUCAACUUCCCAGUAGUCUAUCCCAUUUGAAAAACCUCCAAUACCUGAGGCUUAACAAUAACAGUCUUACUGGAGCAAUUCCUGCCUCCUUAGCCAACAUGACCCAACUUACUUUUCUGGAUCUGUCUUACAAUAAUUUAAGUGCUCCUGUGCCAAGGCUGCGUGCUAAAACGUUCAAUAUUGUAGGGAACCCUGAGAUCUGUGCCACUGGAACUGAGCAGGACUGCAAUGGAACCACACCAAUUCCAAUGUUCAUUUCUACUAAUAACUCUCAAAAUUCUCAAUCUUCUGAGCGGCCCAAAAGCCACAAACUUGCCUUGGCCCUUGGCUCAACCUUGGGCUGUAUCUGCCUGCUAAUCCCUGGCUUUGGUUUUCUUCUUUGGUGGAGACGAAGACAUAAUCAACAAAUAUUCUUUGAUGUUAAUGAACAACAUCAUAAUGAAGAAAUUUGCCUCGGAAAUUUAAAGCGGUUUCAUUUCAAAGAACUUCAAGUUGCCACACACAAUUUCAGCAGCAAGAACCUGGUUGGAAAGGGCGGGUUUGGGAAUGUUUACAAAGGGUAUCUCCAAGAUGGGACAGUUGUAGCUGUAAAAAGACUUAAGGAUGGAAACGCCAUUGGAGGUGAAAUCCAAUUUCAGACUGAAGUUGAGAUGAUCAGUCUUGCCGUGCAUCGAAAUCUCCUCCGCCUCUAUGGAUUCUGUAUGACUGCAACAGAGCGGCUUCUGGUUUAUCCUUACAUGUCUAACGGAAGUGUUGCUUCUCGUUUGAAAGCUAAACCAGCCUUGGAUUGGAGUACCAGAAAAAGAAUAGCCUUAGGAGCUGCUAGGGGAUUAUUGUAUUUGCACGAGCAGUGUGACCCCAAGAUAAUCCAUAGGGAUGUUAAGGCUGCAAAUAUAUUGCUCGACGAUUAUUGUGAGGCUGUAGUGGGAGAUUUUGGGCUAGCAAAACUGUUAGAUCAUCGCGAUUCACAUGUGACAACGGCUGUGAGGGGGACCGUAGGGCACAUAGCCCCAGAAUAUUUAUCAACAGGCCAAUCCUCAGAGAAAACUGAUGUUUUUGGCUUUGGUAUUCUCCUUCUCGAGCUGAUAUCUGGUUUAAGAGCUCUAGAAUUUGGAAAGACAGCAAACCAGAAAGGAGCCAUGCUCGACUGGGUGAAGAAAAUUCACCUAGAAAAGAAGCUUGAGAUGUUAGUUGACAAGGACUUAAAAACUAAUUACGACAGAAUUGAGCUAGAAGAAAUGGUUCAGGUGGCUCUCUUAUGCACACAAUAUCUUCCUAGUCACAGACCAAAAAUGUCUGAAGUGGUUCGGAUGCUCGAAGGAGAUGGGCUUGCAGAGAAAUGGGAAGCUUCUCAGAGAGCUGAAGCAAACAGGUCCAGAGCCAAUGAGUUCUCAUCUUCAGAGCGAUAUUCUGAUUUAACGGAUGACUCUUCGUUGCUGGUUCAAGCAAUGGAGCUCUCUGGUCCCAGGUUCGGAUUUGUGAAACUGACAUUUAAGGUGAACGUUACAUGUCCUGUUUCUGGUGAGUGAGGAAAUGUUCUGGAGAUGUUUCUGCAGGGUUGACUUGUAAUAAUACUAUCCUUAGAAUGAAUCCUGCUUCCUCUUUCAACAGAUUUUUCAUUGUCCAAGAGUCCCAAAGAGAACUUUCGAAACCCUAAUAUUCAAGUUAUGAUCAUGUAUUACUAGUACUUCACAUAGAGUGGGUUAGAGCUUCAGAAGCCAAGAUGGCCCUCGUGAAGGUUGAUCUUUGGAGACUGAAGGAAUGCUAUAAUGUAACGGAAAAUACCAAAUCAAGAUUUGCAUAA